AUGCGCACGAACGGAAACAUCAAAUCCAACCUCUACUACAAUCCCGACCCCUCCAAGCACCCAAUCCCCAUCAACAACGAAGACUCCGUCGGCGUCCUCGAGCGCUACAUCCGCAACAAAUACGAGUACCAGCUCUUCCGCGGCGGCCCCUCGGAACAAGCGUCAUCCACCACCUCCAGCUCCUCCGGCGCAUCCUCCUCCGUUGGCGGCGGGCUCUCUCUCCCCUCCUCAUCAUCCAGCAACGCCUCCUUCCAGUCGCAGCGCACCGCACCCCCGCAGAAGCAACGCUCCGUCUCCGGCGGCCUCACCUCCCGCCUCGGCGUCUUCCGCUCAACCUCCCCCUCCCAGAAGAAGGUCACGCAGGUCCUGGGCGCCACACUAUACGCCGACUCCGCCGCCCCGCCCGUCCAAUUCCCGCAUGGAAUGGUGCAAGCCCCGCCAGCCAUCAAGUACGAGGACCAGCUCAAGACGCUACAGGAAAUGGGCUUCAAGGACGACAAGCAGACACUACAGGUGCUCGUGCUCACCGACGGCAACGUCGCCGAGAGCGUCGAGCACCUCACCCGCCUGAACAACGCAAAGACACCCGGCCUUGCACCCGCGGCAACCGCAGCAACCGCAAAGAAGCCCGGGAGUCCGAACCCCUUCGAGGCGCUGGACCGCGAGCUCCCGCCGCUGCCCCCCGGCGCGACUGAGGUCGGCGGCAUAUCGAGAGGGCUCACGCCAACGAUAUACUCCUCGCAGCCGAGCACGCCGGCGAUACAGCAGCCGCAGCCGCAGUCGGCGCCGCCGACAUCGUAUGGUGCGGGUGCGGACUCGUGGUUUCAGGCCCCGGUGCCGGUGCCCGCGCCGAUACAGAUGCAGGCGACGGGGUGGCAGCAGCAGCAGCAGGUACCGCAGGGGCAGCAUCAGGUUAGCACGCACUCGACGGGGCCGCAGCAGAGUCCGACGAACCCGUACUAUAGCCAGAACGGGAACGGGACGAUGUAUGCGGCGCCGCAGGCAGUCGCCGGGUAUAACCCGUUUAUGACAAACUCGGCGCCGCCGACAAUGAACAACCCAUACCAGCAGCAAGCCCCACAACAGCAGCAGCAGCAGCAGCAGCAGCAGCAGCAGCAAAUGCUAAUACAGCAGCAGCAACAGCAACAGCAACAAUUCCUCCAGCAACAGCAAUUCACCCAGCAGCAAGCCGCACUCCAGCAGCAGCAGCAACAACAAGCCGCACUCCAAGCGCAACAACAGCAGCAACUCGCAGCCCAACAGCAGCAACAACAAGCCGCCCACCAACUCCAACUCCAACAGCAACAGUACCUGCAGUCCCAACUCGCCCCGCAAGCCCCCCUCUGGGCCUCCCAGCCGCAGCCCCUCUCCCCACAACCAAACCCCUACCAGUCCCAGCUCCUCCAGCAGCGCACCGGCGGCGUCGACAAGUCCGCCAUCCUCGCGCUCUUCAACUACCCACAUCUCGCGCCACAGCCAAGCGCAAACCCCGUUGCCCUGCCGGAGAAUAAGCCGCCGCCGACGGCGAUGGAGAGGAGUAUGUCGGCGCCGAGUGCGGGGAGUAAUAACCCGUUCCUGCCGCAACAGCAGCAGCAGGUGCAGCAGAAUGGGAAGGUGGGCGGGCAGGGGAUGCAGGGGGGCCAUAGGAGUCAGGAGAGUGUGGAUUUUGGCGCGUGGCAGAGCGGGCGGCAUAGUCCGGAUGCGUUUGCGAGUUUGAGUUUUGGGCAGUAG